AUGUAUUGUGUACAAGAGUAUGUUGGAGAGUUGUAUCAGAUUUUGUCGUUAUCGAAUGAGAUUGAUGAAGCAGUCCUCCCUAUCCUCAUAGAGACAUUAAAAAAGGAGAGAAUUUAAGACUGCCUAAAAUUUUUCUCUUAAGAUCAAAACAAAUUCCUUUAAGAAAUAGAAAGGUAAAAGGUAGAAAACUAAUCUCUGCUUGAGAAAGAAUCAACUCUUAAUGGAGAGAAGAACUUGAAGAUAAUAACAGGUGUCCUCAAAAAAGUUAUGUAUCAUGACUUUAAUACACAGAAUUACUCUAUGGAUGAUUAUGAAGAAUUUAAAAAGGAUCUAAUCACAAAAAUAUCAUUGAAUAAGAAGAUAAUAGAAUUCCUAAAAUUUUUAGUUCAUUUGACUGCUUUAGAUGAGAUCUAUAUUUGGUGUGGAUCAAAUUCUCUUCAUUUGCUAGUUUAAAUGAAAGUGGAUUUGAGGGAAUAAAGUUUUGAGAAUAUAAGGAUAAGAAAUACCUCUUUAGUUGGUGGGAAUUUUGUAAGAUGCAUAUUCAAUGGAUCAGAAUUUGACAAUGUAGAUAUUAGCGGAAUGAACUUGAAUCAAGCAUUAUUGUUUAAUUGUAAAUGGAAAAAUAUCAAAAUUCAUGAGUUAAAUAAACUAGAUGGACAUCAUGGAAACAUCAAUUAGGUCUGCUUUUCUCCAGAUGGUAAAUCAUUGGCUUCUUGUAGUGAUGAUAAUUUGAUUAUAUUGUGGGAUAUUAAAACUGGGAAAAAAAAGUUUAGAAUCAAGGAAAAAUGGGAGGUAAAAUCAGUAUGCAUUUCACCUAAUAAUACUAUAUUAGCCUUCAGCAGUAGAUAAUUUGUGUAUUUAUGGAAUCUUAAAACGGGGAAAUUUAUAGUGAAACUAGGUGGUCAUUCAAGUGCUGUUUAUUCAAUUUGUUACUCUCCUGAUGGUACUACAUUAGCAUCUGGUAGU